GAAAGACAAACCCAUUCCCUCUCUCUCUCUCCGAUCGUCGCUGCAACUGCAAUGUCCGGCGUUUGGAUAUUUGACAAGAACGGCGUCGCUCGGUUGAUAUCCAACCCAACCAGAGAAGCAUUCGAACAAAGAGAGCCACCAUACCCCGGCACAGCCACGGCACCAGGGGCCAGACCGCGGGUCCUGGUAUACCUUCCGGCCAACCAAGUGAUUCGGUCCUACUCAGAACUGGAGCAGCGACUGGGCGAGCUAGGGUGGACUCGAUAUCACAACUCGAACCAGCCUGAGCUUCUUCAGUUUCACAAGUCAGAGAACUCAGCCCACCUCCUAUCGCUCCCCAAAGACUUCUCCAACUUUAGGCCGCUGCAUAUGUACGAUAUCGUGGUCAAGAAUCGUACUUUCUUUCAAGUUCGUGAUGGCGCCUCGGUGGAAUAAUAUAAUACAACUCCAUUAUAUUU